CGGUAAUUUCAGAAAGUAAUAUAACCUUUGAAAAUGAAUAUGUAAACAGUGUAUACAUAAUUUUAAUGUGAAGUCAAGCGAGUCAAGUGAUUAAAUAUUUAAAUUAGACAGAGGAAAAUUUAAUAAAAAAACAUUCCAAACAUGAUUUAGAACUGUAAUUUUUUAGCAAUGGAUUCAAUCGAAAUUGUGGAAAAGCAGUUUGUAAUUCCUAAACAGGAACGUAUAUCAAAAGUGGAUGAAAAAAUGCACACUAAAGGAAAAGUUGGAAAAUUAUUUGCGAGAAUUAAACGGCAAUGUAAUGAAAUUCUUCAAGAUCCCGAACUCCAAGAGUACAUGAAAAAAGCGGUUGAGUUUUCCAAAGCAAAUCCAUUUUUCACUUGUGGUUUGUUCGCUCUUAUGGUUGGAAUUGCAUUUCCCAUAAUUAUUUUUGUUCUAUUUGUAAUCGCCAAUGUUGCAUUUGUCAUUGCUGGUUUUAUAAUACUCGAAGUGACAAUUUUUAUCAUUGGUGCUACGGUAAUGUCAUGUUCGCUCUUUUUCGUCACAACAGCAGUCGCAAUAAUUGGUUUAAGUAUAUUAACAUUUUAUCUUUUGUUUCAUUAUCUUGUAAAUUUGAUGAAAAAACGUAAAGUUUAAGAGAGUUUUUCUAAACAGUAGAAAAAGUAUUAAUAAACUUUCAGGAAGAAUUAGCUAGGAAAUUUGUAUUAAAUUAAAAGAGAAUUAUUUAUAAAUAUAAGAAGUUUUAUUUUAAUAAUAUAA